AUGCAAUUCGCACGCUGGACCCUGGGCGCUUGUUGGGGCUCUGAGCGAGUGGAACACGGUGACGUCGUCGGCUGGCUGCGCUGGGCUGGCUUGCCUCUGUGCCGUCAACUGCGCCGGGGCUCUGUCGACGUGGCUCUCUCACCAGCGAGCAGUGGCGUCAAAAGCUCUUUGGCUCAGCUGGGCAGGCGUGCGCUCUCACCACCACCACCACCAUCACCAUCGCCACCGCUACUGCGCUCGCCACCCAAACCUAACCAACCACUUUUGCACUCUAGCAUGGACGCACCGCUGCCGGACUACUAUCGUACGCUUGGAGUGGAGGCGCGCGCGACGGCGUCCGAGAUCAAAGAGGCGUACAAGCGACGCUCGCUCAAGACGCAUCCGGACCGAUUCCCCAACGCCACGCCCGCGGAGCGCCAGCGGUAUACCCAAAAGUUCCAGACGCUCGCCGACGCGUACUACGUGCUUUCGGACACACAGCGUCGACGCGAAUACGACGAGCUUCGAAGCUCGCGCCCAUCGUCCAACUCGUUCUUCUCUGGUGGUGUGGAUUCGGACGACGACGAGGCAGCGUCCGAGUACAGCGAAAAGGAACAGAGCUACUCGGCCAACUUUUUCCAGUCGUUCUUCCCGGGCGCCUUCAAGCAGGAAGAGGGCCAAGAAGAGCAGAGCUACAACGCCAGCCACGACGCACGCAGGGGUAGCAGCCAGCCUGCAGCCGACGGCGUCUUUGCCAACGUAUUCGAGGAGCUGCUUCGACCCGAGGUGCACCGCGUAGCGCCGGUCUGGAAGUACGUCGGAGGAGCCUCGGGAACGGCGCUUGGAUUCAUCGUGGGCAACAUCCCCGGUGCGCUGGCAGGAGCAUUUGCAGGCAGCCAGUUGGGACGCAUUCGCGACGCCAAGGGCAAGAGUGUGGCCGAGGCCAAGAGGACGCGUGCGAAUGCGGAAGCAAGACACUCGACACGCGUCUUUCCCGGAUACAACAAGCGGCUGCCUGCAGCGGCGCAGGCGGUGGUGGAGCAGGCGCUGCUGGACAAUGAUCUGGCGAAUGCGGAUGCCGACGACCCGCGCUGGACGCAGCUGUACGACGAGCUGGACGCGCUCAUCCACCGAUCUCACGAGGUGCCAGCGCCAGAAACACCAAAAACACACACGGGCAGCUUUCUCAACGACGACGACGACGAAGGACAGUACGAAUGGGGAUCGUGUAGCGAAGACGGUUGCGAAGCGCAAGUGGUUAACAGCCACGUGGAUGACGACGAAGCAAGACAAGCACAAGAGGCAUAUGCGCGCACGAUCCUGCCCAAAGCGGACCUAGCGACGGCGUUGCAUGGUGCCGUAUCGGAUUCACUUUCAAACAGCAAGACCAAAGGCAAGGGCAAGGCGAAAGGCAGUGGAGGGGAAAGCGGAUACGACUGGGAUCCGAGCUCGUUGGCGGCACUGACGAUGCUUUGCGAGGAGAUUGCACUGUCGCAGGCAACGUUCAGUGCGCGUCGUAGCAUGUUUGCCAAGCAGGCGAGCAAAGCCAGCAAGAAGAAGCAGCGUCGGCUCGAGCAGCAGAGCCAACCGCAGCCGGAGCAGUCCAGGCAGUAG